AUGGGUCCUCUAACGCCCACACCCAUGAUGGACAUCAUCAAUGAUCUCAUUGAAGAGGCCAAGCUCCGUCUUCUCUGGUGGGCUCUUUGUAUAUUCGCCAUUUCCUAUUUCUUCACUCAUACAAGUAAAUCUAUGUGGAUGAAUCUUCCCAUGUCCAUUCUGUUUGUUGCUGCUCUGCGCAUUCUUUUGAACAAGGUGGAAUUCCGUUGGAAGGUUCAGCCACCAAGAUUACAAACUUAUUUAUCUCAUUUGGAGAAAAAUCAGCUGCCUCUGAAUGAUGAACGACUCUCUUCUUCACCUCCCCCUCCCAAAUGGAAGAAGAUUGACUCUCCUGUUGUGGAGGCUGCCUUGAAUGAUUUCAUUGAUCUGAUUUUGAAGGAUUUCGUGAUAAAUAUGUGGUAUUCAGACCUUACUCCAGAUAUGGAGUUUCCUGAGCUGAUACGAGACUUAAUCAUGGACGCUAUUUCUGAAGUGUCAGUGAGGGUUAAAGAGAUAAACCUUGUUGACUUGCUCAUGAGGGACAUAGUUGAUUUAGUAGGGGAUCAUAUAGACCUUUUCAGAAGAAAUCAAGAUGCUAUCGGUGUUGAUGUCAUGUUAACCUUAUCUUCUGAGGAGAGGGAUGAAAGAUUGAAGUUUCAUCUGUUGAAUUCUAAGGAGCUUCAUCCAGCUCUAAUAUCUCCAGAGAGUGAGUACAAGGUUCUCCAGAGGCUAACGAGUGGAUUAUUAGCUACGGUACUGAGAAAACGAGAAGUUCAAUGUCCUGUCAUUCGAUGUAUAGCUCGGGAACUUUUAACUUGUUUGAUAUUGCAACCGAUCAUGAACUUGGCAAGCCCUGCAAAUGCAUUUCUCUUAAUGAUCAGGUAUAUCAAUGAGCUGAUUGAAUCCCUUCUACUUGUCCUUAAUGAUGAUGGUAUAAAUUGGAUGGGGGUCUGUGAACAUUCAGCCAAUACAACUCAUAAUCAUGGCCAUUCUGGUACUGGGGGUGGACAUGAUAAUCAGACAGCCUCUGCUGAUUGGGCACAAAUGCUGGAGGCUGCAACUCAGAGAAGAACUGAAGUUCUUAUGCCUGAGAAUCUGGAGAACAUGUGGGCAAGAGGAAGGAAUUAUAGACGAAAACAGCAUAAAAGUACCAAAACCGGCUCUCAGGACCCUUCUGUGAAGUGUCCUGCUAUUGAUGCAAUUCCAGAAGGAAUGUGUGCAAUGCAUUAUGUGGGUUCAGAUCCACACCUAAAUGUUGUAGGCACAAAUAGGUCAGAGUCUUCACCAGAUCCUGACAAGGAACUCUGUUCUGAAGUAGACCAUCAUGUUGAUGAGGGGAAGGAUAUCAGGGAUAUCCCUUCUAAAAAAUUUAAAGAUCUAAAGAGAUCCAACAGUGCUUCUCUCCUGGGAAAUCAACCUCUUCUUAAGGUAAGCUCCCCAAGGUCAGAGGUCCACAACCCUGAAUCCGAGAAACAUGGUGAGGGAUAUAGGGGAAAGAGUGGUUCUGAAAUGGUUAUGAGAAGAGACGGACAUUUUCUUCCAAAGCUUCGGUGCCGGGUUAUGGGAGCAUAUUUUGAGAAACUAGGAUCCACUUCUUUUGCUGUAUAUUCAAUUGCAGUGACUGAUGGUGUAGAGAAAACUUGGUUUGUUAGAAGAAGAUACAGGAAUUUUGAGCGAUUGCAUCGACAUCUAAAAGAUAUUCCCAAUUAUUUGCUACAUUUGCCUCCUAAAAGGAUAUUUUCCUCAAGCAUAGACGAUGCAUUUGUCUAUCAGCGUUGCAUUCAGUUUGAUAAAUAUCUCCAGGAUCUCCUAUCAAUAGCUAAUAUUGCUGAACAACAUGAGGUGUGGGACUUUUUGAGUGUUUCCUCAAAGAACUACUCCUUUGGGAAAUCUUCUUCAAUGAUGAGGACCCUGGCAGUCAAUGUAGAUGAUGCUGUGGAUGAUAUUGUACGGCAGUUUAAAGGUGUUUCAGAUGGUUUAAUUCGAAAAGUUGUUGGUUCAUCAUCCCCUACUACUGAAAUUUCUUCCACGUCGACCAAUCAAAACAUGUCCUGGAGCAUGGAUGAGAUGGAUAAAAGUGUUCCAAGGCAGACUACUGCAGAGUCCGUGUUAAGCUCUGAUAAUGAGGAAGGUGAAAAGGAAGUUAAUUUUGGUCAUGAAAAUAUUGAUAAAGAAGCAGAAGAUAAUGAGUCGAAUUCUGACAAUGAAUUUAGCUUAAAGGAAGAUUCACAACUGCUAACAAACCAUGGUAAUGAAUGUACUAACUUGGAUCUAGAUAGAAAACAUGAUGUAGCAAUGGAAGCUAAGGUUGGAAAGGAUGUUUCAGCUACAACUUUCAAUCCAAUUCCUGAUAAUAUGGAGGAUCCAGUUGGAGUUCCACCAGAGUGGACCCCACCUAAUGUGACUGUCCCUAUUUUGAAUUUGGUUGACAAUGUAUUUCAGCUUAAGAAAAGAGGCUGGUUAAGAAGACAGGUCUUUUGGAUUUCAAAACAGAUAUUACAGGUGGUGAUGGAAGAUGCUAUUGAUGAUUGGAUCCUAAGUGAGAUUCAUUGGCUUCGCAGAGAGGACACCAUUGCCCAAGGGAUUCGGUGGGUCCAAGAUAUCCUCUGGCCUGGUGGUACAUUUUUUUUAAGAAUACAGACCCCUCAGGUGUUCAUUGGUGGCAGUGCAUAUGAUCAAAAGCCUUUACCAAGCAUAAGUGAAUCUGGCGGAAGCAAGAUGACCAAAUCACAGUCAGGAUCUUUUGAGCUACAGCUUGAGGCUAUUCGUAGAGCAAGUGAUUUGAAGAAACUUCUCUUUGAUGGAGCUCCAGCAGCUUUAGUUGGCUUAAUUGGUCAGAAGCAGUACAAACGUUGUGCCAGUGAUAUAUAUUACUUUACUCAGUCUUCUAUAUGUGUGAAGCAACUUGCUUAUGCAAUACUUGAACUUCUACUUAUUUCCAUCUUUCCUGAGUUGCGGAGUGUUGUCAUUAGUGUUCAUGAGAACAACCUGUAUAGAGUUCCUUAACAGCCAUCAACUUAUGUUCAAGAUCUGUUCAUGAGAUUGUCAUGGCUAGGAGUCAUUUUAAAAGCAUGAACAAGAGUCAUAGUUGAUGGAUUUUUCUUCCCACUUGGUAGAUUAGGGAAUAUUUGUGUAAACAUAGUGUGUGUACAAAAGCAUUCUUUUUUGUGGAAAACUCACUAUGCUUUCUCAGUGCAUGACUCAUUCCACAGAGAUUUUGUAUGUCACAGAAUCAUGAAAUGUAGUGGUGAAGAUUAGAUCAUUCCAUGCUGGUUUUUUAUGUUACAAGAAAUAAAGAUACAAAAUACGUACAUAAUAAG